AUGUCUACAAACACCUCUUCAUCAAAUGCUUUACCACCAAAUACACCUACAAACACUUCAACAAUCUCUUCAUCAUCAAAUCCUUCAUCAUCAAACUCCUCGGCAAACAUAUCACCAAACACCUCAACCAAUUCUUUACCACCAAACACAUCUACAAACAUCUCAGCCAACACCUCAACAAAUCCUUUACCACCAAACACAUCUACAAACACCUCAACAAACACCUCAUCAACUAAUCCUAUACGACCAAACACCUCAACAAACACAUCAGCAAAUCCAAACACAUCAACAAACACCUCAACAAAUCCUCUACCACCAAUCACAUCUACAAACACCUCUUCAUCAAAUGAUUUACCAUCAAAUACAUCUACAAACACCUCAACUAAUCCUUUACCACCAAACACAUCUACAAACACAUCAACAAACUCCUCAUCAAACCCUUCACCAUCUAACUCCUCGGCAAACGCCUCAACCAACACCUCAACUAAUCCUUUGGCACCAAGCACAUCUACAAACACAUCUACAAACACCUCAUCAAAUAAUCCUUUACCACCAAACACCUCAACAAAUGCGUCAACCAACACCUCAAAUAAUCCUUUACCACCAAUCACAUCUACAAACACCUCAUCAACAAACGCUUUACCACCAAAUACAUCUACAAACACCUCUUCAACAAACACUUCAUCAUCAAAUCCUUUGCCACCAAACACCUCAACAAACACAUCAACUAAUCCUUUACCACCAAACACAUCUACAAACACCUCAUCAACUAAUCCUAUACCACCAAACACCUCAACAAACACAUCAACAAAUCCAAACACCUCAACAAACACCUCAUCCCCAAAUCCUUUGCAUCCCAUCACAUCUACAAACACCUCUUCAACAAACACUGAUGUCGUGACAUUCGCCUUGGUCUUUAGCCUCAAUAAACCCUUUGAUCCAAAAUUGUCCAACACCAGCUCUCCUGAGUAUAAGCAAAUGGUUUUAUCACUCCAAAAUGAGGUUGAACCCUUUUACAGAAAACAAUUUUCAAACUUCCGCAGGAUGAACAUUAAUGGUUUCUGGGCAAACACCUCUCCAACAACGAACACUUCAACCCCGAGUACAUCUGCAAACACCGCUUCAACAAACACUUCAACCCCGAACACGUCUACAAACACUUCUUCAACUAACACUUCAACCCCGAACACGUCUACAAACACUUCUUCAACUAAUACUUUAACCCCGAACACAUCUACAAACACUUCUUCAAUUAAUACUUCAACCCCGAACACAUCUACAAACACUUCUUCAACUAAUACUUCAACCCCGAACAUGUCUACAAACACCUCUUUAACAAACACUUCAACCCCAAACACAUACUUCAUCCCGAACACGUCUACAAACACCUCUUCAACAAACACUUCAUCCCCAAACACGUCUACAAACACUUCUUCAACUAAUACUUCAACCCCGAACACGUCUACAAACACUUCUUCAACUAAUACUUCAACCCCGAACACGUCUACAAACACUUCUUCAACAAACACUUCAACCCCGAACACGUCUACAAACACUUCUUCAACUAAUACUUCAACCCCGAUCACGUCUACAAACACUUCUUCAACUAAUACUUCAACCCCAAACACGUCUACAAACAACUCUUCAACUAAUACUUCAACCCCGAACACGCCUACAAACACCUCUUCAACUAAUACUUCAACCCCGACCACGUCUACAAACACCUCUUCAACAAACACUUCAACCCCGAACACGUCUACAAACACCUCUUCAACAAACACUUCAACCCCGAACACGUCUACAAACACCUCUUCAACUAAUACUUCAACCCCAAACACGUCUACAAACACCUCUUUAACAAACACUUCAACCCCGAACACGCCUACAAACACUUCUUCAACUAAUACUUCAACCCCGAACACGUCUACAAACACUUCUUUAACUAAUACUUCAACCCCGAACACGUCUACAAACACCUCUUCAACAAACACUUCAACCCCGAACACGUCUACAAACACCUCUUCAACUAAUACUUCAACCCCGAACACGCCUACAAACACUUCUUCAACAAACACUUCAACCCCGAACACGUCUACAAACACUUCUUCAACUAAUACUUUAACCCCGAUCACGUCUACAAACACUUCUUCAACUAAUACUUCAACCCCGAACACGUCUACAAACACCUCUUCAACAAACACUUCAACCCCGAACACGUCUACAAACACUUCUUCAACUAAUACUUCAACCCCGAUCACGUCUACAAACACUUCUUCAACUAAUACUUCAACCCCGAACACGUCUACAAACACUUCUUCAACUAAUACUUCAACCCCGAACACGCCUACAAACACUUCUUCAACUAAUACUUCAACCCCAAACACGUCUACAAACACC